UAGCAUAACAUUUUUACAAGAGAGACAAAUAGAAAAAGACAAAAGAGAACAAAAGAGAUCAAUCUGUGUGUCUGAAGAGGCUACUGGAUACUAACAAUUAGCGAGAGAAUCUGAGGAAAAUGGGAGGGGGAGAUGAUGUGGGUUCGCCAGUCGUAGUCGGUGCUCUGAUUCUGGAUGUUCACGCAAAGCCUUCUUCAACCGCACCAAUCUCCGGAACCACCGUCCCAGGCCAGGUGUUGUUUGCACCUGGUGGGGUAGGCAGAAAUGUAGCUGAAUGCAUCUUCAAGCUUGGAAUAAGACCCUUCAUGAUUGGUGCUUUGGGGAUCGAUGGCCCAGCCAAUGUAUUGUUGAAAGACUGGAAGCUCUCUACUGAAGGAAUCUUGAGACGUGAAGACAUCACUACUCCCAUUGUAUCUCUUGUAUAUGACAUUCACGGAGAAGUUGCUGCUGGCGUUGCUGGUGUGGAUGCUGUUGAGAAGUUUCUGACACCUGAGUGGAUCCAGCGGUUUGAACCAAACAUAAGCUCCGCUCCUGUCCUUGUGAUUGAUGCCAAUCUUAGCGCUCUUGCUUUGGAAGCAUCUUGCAAAUUGGCUGCAGAAUUCAAUGUUCCUGUCUGGUUUGAGCCCGUGUCUGUCACAAAGUCCCAGAGAAUCGCCUCAAUCGCCAAGUAUGUAACUGUAGUAUCUCCAAACCAACACGAGCUCAUAGCAAUGGCCAACGCUCUCUGCGCAAGGAACAUGUUCAAAACCCUUAAACCAGAAGUCAACAAGCUUUUACCACAAGAUGUUUUCUGUGCGUUGAGGCCAGCUAUUUUGGUUCUUCUUGAAAGUGGUAUUAAAGUUGUUAUUGUAACACUUGGCUCCAAUGGAGCUCUCCUAUGCUCAAAGGGUAAUCCCAAUAAGGCUCUCAACAUAAACAGAAAGUUUAGUGGAGAGAUUUUCAGAAGGGUACAACUUAUAUGUUCACCGAACCGGUUUUCUGAACCGGGAUUGAAGCACGGCUCGAGUCUUUUUGCGAUGCAUUUCCCAACCGUACCAGCCAAAGUCAAGAAGCUUACUGGUGCAGGGGAUUGCCUAGUAGGCGGUACCGUUGCGUCGCUGAGCGAUGGUUUAGAUCUGUUCCAGAGUUUAGCGGUUGGCAUUGCUUCUGCUAAAGCUGCCGUCGAGUCAGAAGAUAAUGUGCCUCCUGAGUUCAACCUCGAUCUUCUUACUGAUGAUGCGGAGUUGGUUUACAGUGGCGCCAGGAUGUUGUUGGCUCAUCAGUCAAUGCUGUGAAGAAUGAUCUUGUUUCUUCUUUAUUUGGCUUGGUUUUUGUUUAUUGUUUGUGUACUAUUCCAUCUAAUAGAUAAACUUAGACCAUUUGUUUAGUAGGACUGCACCAGGUAAUAACAGAGAAACCGCUCUGUUUCUCGUUAGUAUAUAUUAUUACUAAAAUCAGUUUAUGAGAGAUCAUUUUUUUUCAUGUCUUUGUAGUAACACUAACACGUUAAGUAAUUCUGUUCUCACAUCCAACCAUUGAUGGUUAUAAAAAUAGUCAUAUUAGAAAACGGGUGUUAAAUAAAAACCAGAAUUUAAACGGUUUUGAAUUUGGAGGGUUGCCGUGAGUGCAUCUGGAGGGUUGCGAUGAGUAAGGCCUCAUUUUGGUGGUGUUUUGGUUGAACUUCUUUCUAGGAGUGAGUAGACGUUUAUGAUUGCGUGGAUUAAGUAGUGGUCCCUCCUGCCGGGUUAUGAAGUUCUAGGUUCUUGGACGGUAUCGUUUGGCGUGCAUAGACAGCAUCGAUAAGUCGUGGUGUGGGUGCAAGAGGUGGAGGUUAUCGGCUGGCGGGCUUUGGGCAGCAGCGGUAAAUCCUGAUCAUUGACAUGUGCCUAGCUUUGAAGUCUGCUGAAUUGAGUUGUUUCAUGCUCGUGUGUAGUAGUUAAUCGUGUUUACAAGUUAUUGGUACGGUUUAAGUUUCGUAAGUCCCCUCUAAUGUGGGUUUUAGUAUGUUGUUUUAGUUUUUAUGAUGUGUAUCCAUAAGCUGCCCCAACGUGGAUUUCAGUGGCCGCCUCCUGUGGGUUCUUGGUUCUGGGGCUAUUUCGUUAUGCCGCCAGCUUUUGUAUGAAUAUUGGUAUUUUCUUUAUGAAUGAAUUUCAAUUUGA